AUGAACAAAGACGAAAAUUCAUCGGAGCUACCACGAGGUGGCGAUCGAAAUAAAGGGAAUGAGCAGAAAGUGUCCUUCUUUAAGUUGUUUGUCUUCGCGGACCGCCUGGAUGUCCUUUACAUGGUUGUCGGUAGUGUGGCCGCCAUAGCAAACGGGCUCUCGCAGCCUCUCCUAACAAUCAUAUUCGGCGAGAUCAUCCAAUCUUUCGGCUCCACCAACCGUGAUCACAUUGUUAAGGAAGUCUCGAAGGCGGCCGUCUGGUUUUUGUACUUGGCUCUCGGUUCGGCAGUCGCUUCUUUUCUCCAGGUAGCUUGUUGGAUGAUUACUGGAGAGAGGCAAGCGACGCGGAUUCGAGGCUUGUACCUGAAAACAAUACUCAGACAAGACAUUUCCUACUUUGACACCGAAACAACGACUGGAGAAGUCAUUGGGAGGAUGUCAGGAGACACCAUUCUCAUUCAGGAUGCAAUGGGGGAAAAGGUUGGAAAAUUUGUACAACUCAUGACGACAUUCUUAGGAGGUUUUGUAGUUGCUUUUACGAGAGGCUGGCUUCUCUCCUCGGUUCUUCUCUCUUGCAUUCCUCUCAUUGUGAUUGCUGGAGGGGCUAUUUCAUUGAUCAUGUCUAAAAUGACAAGUCAAGGACAGAUUGCCUAUGCAGCAGCUGGAAAUGUUGUGGAACAGACAGUCGGGGCCAUUAGGACUGUUGCAUCCUUCACGGGUGAAAAGAGAGCGCUAGAAAAGUAUGACAGCAAGCUGGAAGUUGCAUAUAAAUCUACCGUGAACCAAGGGCUUGUCUCAGGCAUAGGACUUGGAGUUAUUAUGCUAAUUGUGUUGUGGACUUAUGGACUUGCCGUGUGGUAUGGAUCGAAAUUAAUCAUAGAGAAAGGAUACAAUGGUGGGAAAAUCAUCAAUAUCAUAACAGCCCUCUUGGUUGGAGGAAUGUCGCUGGGCCAGACAUCUCCUUGCCUAAAUGCAUUUGCAUCAGGACAAGCCGCAGCGUACAAGAUGUUUGAGACCAUUGAACGAAAACCACUUAUUGAUUCCUAUGACACCUCAGGAAUGAUAUUGGAAGAUAUAAAAGGCGACAUUGAGCUUAGGAAUGUUCAUUUUAGGUACCCUGCGAGGCCAGAUGUGCAAAUCUUUGCUGGAAUUUCUUUGAAAGUCCCGAGCGGCAAAACGGCAGCUCUAGUCGGUCAAAGUGGCAGUGGGAAAUCCACAGUGAUCAGCUUGCUCGAGAGAUUCUAUGAUCCUGAUUCUGGUGAAGUACUUAUUGACGGCAUCAAUUUGAAGGAUCUUCAGCUUAAAUGGAUCAGGGAGAAAAUUGGAUUAGUGGGUCAGGAACCGGUCUUGUUUUUAACUACGAUAAGAGAGAACAUAGCCUAUGGAAAGGAAAAUGCAACUGAUGAGGAAAUCAGACAAACGAUUCAACUUGCCAAUGCUGCAACAUUUAUUGACAAGCUGCCGAAGGGGCUUGACACAAUGGUAGGAGAGCAUGGAACACAAUUAUCUGGUGGACAAAAGCAGCGAAUCGCCAUAGCAAGGGCCAUUCUAAAGAACCCGAGAAUCCUCCUACUUGACGAAGCAACAAGUGCGCUUGAUGCAGAGUCAGAACGAGUCGUUCAAGAUGCCUUGGAGAAUGUUAUGACAAACCGAACUACUGUUAUAGUCGCACAUCGCUUGACAACCAUCAGAACUGCAGACAUCAUUGCAGUUGUGCACCGUGGCAAAAUAGUGGAGCAAGGAACUCACAAAGAGCUGAUCAGAGACCCCGAGGGGGGCUAUUCGCAGCUUAUCCAUUUGCAAAAAGGAAAUAAAGCCACUGAAGAGAAACUUGGCCCAGUAGAUACUAAACUGGAUGCAAGUUUUGAAGUCAACAAGGCACCGGUUAGAACCAUUAGCAGAAAUGCAUCUGGUAGACCAUCCAUGAGAACAUCUAUAAGCAGAGGUUCAUCAGGAAGCCGCCACUCCUUUGCUCUCAGCUUUGAUGUUCCUGGUCCAAUUACUCUCAUUAGGAUGGGUGAAGAGGAGGAACAGAACGAGAGAACUGAACUGGACAAUGAGAAGCGUCAGAGUGUAUCCAUCAGACGUCUUGCAUAUUUGAAUAAGCCUGAGUUUCCGUUACUGGUUCUUGCAUCCCUUGCUGCCUCAGUACAUGGAGUGGUGUUUCCAAUAUCUGGACUCUUGUUGUCCUCUGCUAUUAAAAUGUUCUAUGAACCUGCUGACCAACUGAAGAGAGAUUCCAAAUUCUGGGCACUCAUUUAUGUCGGUCUGGGAUGCAUCAUUUUAGUAUUCGUGCCGAUUCAGAACUAUCUUUUUGGCAUUGCUGGUGGCAAGUUAAUUAAAAGGAUACGGUACAUGACUUUUCAGAAAGUUGUACACCAACAAAUUAGUUGGUUUGAUAAUCCUGCUAACUCAAGUGGUGCAGUUGGUGCGAGAUUGUCUACUGAUGCAUCAACAAUGCGGAGUAUAGUUGGAGAUGCAUUAGCUCUGAUUGUCCAAAAUGUAGCAACAGUCAUGGCCGGAUUGCUCAUAGCAUUCAUAGCAAACUGGAUAUUGGCUUUCAUAGUUAUUGCAGUGUCGCCUUUGAUACUCGCUGAAGGAUUCAUCCAAGCUAAAUUCUUGCAGGGGUUCAGUGCAGAUGCCAAGGAGAAGUAUGAGGAAGCUAGUCAAGUGGCGAACGAUGCGGUCGGUAGCAUCCGCACGGUGGCAUCCUUUUGUGCGGAGAGCAAGGUGAUGGAUUUGUAUGAAGAGAAAUGUGAUGGCCCAAAGGAGCAGGGAGUCCGGCUUGGGCUUGUGAGUGGGAUUGGAUAUGGCUUCUCCUUCCUUGCGAUCUACUGCACAAAUGCGUUCUUGUUCUACAUCGGAGCUAUACUGGUGCAACAUGGGAAAGCAACCUUUCCAGAAGUUUUCAAGGUGUUCUAUGCUUUAACUAUUUCAGCGUAUGGGGUUUCCCAGAGCAGCACGUUGGCCCCAGACACUAACAAGGCCAAAGAUUCAGCUGCUUCUAUCUUUUCAAUUUUGGAUAGCAAGCCUCAGAUAGACUCUAGCAACGAUGAAGGAAUUGUGCUCGAGAAUGUAACUGGAAAGAUAGAGUUGGAACAUGUCAGUUUCACAUAUCCAACAAGACCAGACGUCCAAAUCUUCAAAGACUUGUCCUUGACCAUCCCCGCCGGCAAGACGGUUGCUUUAGUUGGAGAAAGCGGCAGUGGGAAAUCGACAGUGAUCAGUCUCUUAGAGAGAUUCUAUGAUCCUGAUUCUGGCCAUGUGUUCUUAGAUCGUGUGCUGAUUCAAAAGUUCAAGCUGAGUUGGCUGAGACAACAGCUGGGUUUGGUAGGCCAAGAGCCUAUACUCUUCAAUGAAACACUCCGUGACAACAUUGCUUACGGUAAACAAGGUGGCGCCUCUGAGGAUGAGAUCAUUGCCGCCGCAAAGGCAUCAAAUGCACACAACUUCAUAUCUUCCCUGCCUCAAGGUUAUGAUACAUCAGUUGGGGAGCGAGGAGUGCAAUUAUCGGGGGGACAGAAACAGAGGAUAGCUAUUGCUCGGGCCAUUGUGAAGAAUCCUAAGAUACUUCUGCUUGAUGAAGCGACGAGUGCGUUGGAUGCAGAAUCAGAGAGCAUUGUGCAAGAGGCACUAGACAGGGUUAUGGUGAAUCGGACAACUGUAGUUGUGGCUCACCGCCUUACGACGAUAAAGAAUGCGGACAUAAUUGCGGUUGUAAAGAAUGGAGCCAUUGCCGAGCAGGGAAGGCACGACACUCUGAUGAAGAUACCUGACGGCGCUUAUGCGUCGCUGCUGGCACUUCACGCAAGUGCGUCAAAGUGA